UGUCUCCAUGAACAAGCUCAUGCUUUAAACAGUUUUCAAAUGGCCAACCACAACCCAUACUCCCAAACAUAUAACCCUAGUUGGAGAAAUCACCCAAAUUUCAGUUGGAAGAGUGAGAACAACAAUGCACAAACUUCACAACCACCAUUUCAAGCACACCAUAAUUUCCAAAGUUCUCAUGGAUAUACACUUCCUUAUGCUCCACCUCCUAGAAGAAAUCUUGAGGAAAUAUUGCAUGCAUUCAUUGAAAAGCAAGAGACAAUCAAUACUCAACUUGCUCAAAACAUGAUAGAUUUUAAAGAUACUCUGGCAAAAUUAACAUCUGCUCUCAGUUUUCAAGAGAAAGGUAAGUUUCCAUCUCAACCACAACAAAAUCCCAAGGGGCAAUACAAUGCAAAUGCAAGUAGUUCCGGAAGCCAACACAUGGAUCAAGUCAAAUCAGUCACUACUCUGCGUAGUGGUAAAGUUAUUGAAAAACCCUCUCUUGAACCUUAUGAGAAAGAUGAUGAGUCAAUCUCUGAGGGUAAGGAAGGGGUUGAAUCUGAAAAUUGCAAAGAAAAGACUGAUUCUUUGCCAGCACUUCCAUUUCCUCAAGCCAUGACCAAACAAAGGAAUGUCAAUCAUAACUCUGAAAUCUUUGAAACUUUCAAACAGGUUCCUUCCUAUGCUAAAUUUUUAAAAGAUCUAUAUACUGUGAAUAGGAAACUGAAUGUGAAAAAGAAAGCUUUUCUAGCUGAACAAGUAAGUGCUAUUCUUCAGAACAAUAAUGCUUUGAAAUAUAAAGACCCUAGUUGUCCUACAAUUUCUUGCUUUAUUGGAGAGCAUAAAAUUGAAAGAGCCUUACUUGAUCUUGGAGCUAGUGUGAAUUUACUUCCAUAUUCAGUUUUUCAAAGUCUCAAUCUAGGACGUCCAUUUCUUGCAACUUCUAAUGCAUUGAUUAAUUGUAGGAAUGGACUGAUGAAGCUAUCAUUUGGAAACAUGACAUUAGAGAUGAAUAUUUUCAACAUUUGCAAGCAACCUAGAGAUGAUAAUGAUUUACAGGAAGUGGACUUUACUGAAAAAUUAAUUCAUGAUCAAUUUCCAACCACUUCCAAUGAAAUUGAGAUUGAUGAAUCUGAUGAUUUGCAAAUGAUUUAUUUUCAAGAAGAAUCAAAGACAAGUAAUUGGAGGCCACAAAUUGAGGAAUUGCCACCACAAUCAAUUAAGUCCAUACCUUCAAGUGUUCAGCCACCAAAACCUGAUUUGAAGGCGUUGCCAUCCAAUCUUAAAUACUCAUUUUUGGGAGAAAAUGAAACUUUUUCGGUAAUAAUCUCUUCCAAACUUAAUGCACAUCAAAAAGAUGGCUAUUCGGGUUACAACCAAAUUGAAAUUGCAUUAGAAGAUCAAGAAAAGACUACUUUCACAUGUCCAUUUGGUACUUUUGCAUAUCGAAGGAUGCCUUUUGGAUUAUGUAAUGCACUAACCACAUUUCAAAGAUGCAUGCUUAGUAUAUUUAGUGAUAUGGUUGAACAUUUUCUUGAGAUUUUCAUGGAUGAUUUUUCUGUUUUUGGCGAUUCAUUUGAUGAUUGUUUAACUAACUUAGAAAAGGUUUUGACCAAUGAUCAUCCAGCAUUGAAAUAUCUUCUUUCUAAGAAAGAUUCUAAAGCUAGAUUGGCAUGUGGGGGCCAUUUCUCGUCAAGAAAGACAACUGCAAAAAUCUUACAAAGUGGAUUUUAUUGGCCCACCAUGUUCAAAGACUCACAUGCAUUCUGUAAGUCUUGUGAAAAUUGUCAAAAGUUGGGAUCUAUUUCAAAACGUCACAUGAUGCCUUUAAAUCAUAUUAUUGUCAUUGAGAUCUUUGACUGUUGGGGUAUAGAUUUCAUGGAUUUCAUGGGUCCAUUCCCUCCAUCAUUUGGUUUCUUAUACAUAUUAGUCGCAGUAGAUUAUGUUUCAAAAUGGAUAGAGGCAAUUCCAAGUCGAAACAAUGAUCACAAAACAGUGAUAAAGUUUUUGAAAGAAAAUAUUUUGAGUCGAUUUGGAGUCCCUCGAGCCAUAAUAAGUGAUGGUGGAACACAUUUUUGCAACAAGCCAUUUGAGUCUUUAAUGAAGAAAUAUGGAAUCACACACAAAGUUGCCACCCCUUAUCACCCUCAAACAAGUGGACAAGUAGAGCUUGUUAAUAGGAAGAUCAAACAUAUUUUGGAGAAAACAGUGAACCCUAAUAGAAAAGACUGGUCUUUAAGACUUAAUGAU